AUGGACGGCUAUGUCGAGGUGGUCAAACUCUUACUCGUACACAAUCCUGGUAUCAUUACAGCCGUUGACAAACGGAAGAACACUGCCCUGCACUUCGCGUGCCGAGAGGGACGUCUUGACGUUUUGAAGCUGUUGUUGAAUACUGAUGCUUCAAACAUUGGUGCAACUGGCGGCUUCUACCCGUUGCACUAUGCCGCGACUUCCGGUAAUGUAGAAGUGAUUGAGCUUCUGCUAUCGCAGCCAGGAGUCGACAAGAACGUGGUGUCGAUGAACGGAUAUACCCCAUUGUGCGACGCUGUAAGAAGGGGGCGUGAGAAGUCUGUCGAAACACUCUUGGCGCAUAAUGUCGAAGUGGACACGCCAGACAAUCGAGGCAGAACACCAUUACUCAUUGCAUCCCAGAAGAGCAAUCAGAAUAUCGUGAAAGCUCUGCUAGGUGCAGGGGCCAAAGCAGAACUGAACGACGCGUUGUCAAUUGCAUUGACAAACAGAGACGAAGGUCUGGUUCAGUUGUUGAAAAACGCUGGUGCAAUCGAGAAAGAUGAGGGUUUCGGAAUUGAGGAGCUCAUGAAGAUGGCAACUCUCGGCGACGUUUUUGGAAUUGAGGAACCAGGAACGGAUACAGGCGAUACUGCCACGGCCAAGGAACCGCAGGCGAUAUCCGGUGCUGAGUGUGUCGAAGAAGAUUUGACUUCCUGA